CAGUGCUCCUGGUGGCCUCAUCGCUGCUGCUGCUGUUGCAGAAAGUGACGGUGGGAGGAGGAGCUCGGCUUAUUUGGCCUUGGUGCCAGAGCUAGGGAAAGAUGAAGCUCUCUCUGGGAACCUUUCUCCCUUCCCUUUGGGAAAAAGCCCCCCUGCAGACCCUCCUUCUCCUCUCUGCUAUUCUCCUGAUCCUGACAGUAUCUGCAGAGAGGCAGCGGCAUCUCAACUACCCCCCCAGCCCUCCUGCGCUGCCCAUAUUUGGCAACUUCUUCCAGAUGGACUUUAAAAAUCCCAAAAUCAGACUCCAAAAGUUUGCCAAGAAAUAUGGAAAUGUUAUCUGCACUCAUGUGGGAAAUCUUACAUUUCUGGUAGUAACUGGAUUGCCACUGAUCAAGGAGGUCCUGGUCAACCAAGACCAAGUGUUUAUUGAUCGUCCUGAAGUUCCUGUCCACUUCCAUGUUGUUAAAUCAUUUGGUAUAAUCAUGUCUAAUGGCCAAGCAUGGAAACAGCAAAGAAGAUUUGCCUUGAUGACCCUAAGGAACCUUGGUUUGGGAAAGAGGACCCUGGAAGAUCGCAUCCAGGAGGAGGCCAAGUAUCUCACGGAGGCUAUCAGGGAAGAAAAAGGACAGCCCUUUGACCCCCACUUUCAGAUCAACAAUGCUGUUUCCAAUAUCAUCUGCUCCAUAACUUUUGGGCAUCGCUUUGAGUACCAUGAUUCUAAGUUUCGGGAGCUGCUGAAAAGUCUGGAUAAUAUCCUGAUGCUUGAAACUAGAUGGGAGUGUCAGCUCUUCAAUAUCUUUCCUUGGGCAAUGAAAUAUCUGCCAGGAUCUCACCAGAAGCUCUUUAGAGAAUGGAAGAAGGUGGUCCUUGUAGAAUGUGUCAUCAAACAACAUAAGGAAGAUUUAAACCCAGAGGAAUCUCCGGACUUCAUUGAUGCUUACCUGAAGGAGCUGUCCAAGGAUAACAUCCAUUCUAGUUUUGAUGAAAAAAAUUUAGUCUUCUGCACCCUGGACCUCUUCUUUGCUGGAACAGAGACAACUUCGACCACUCUGAGGUGGGCGCUGCUGUAUAUGGCCUUUUAUCCAGAGAUCCAAGGCAAAGUACAAGCUGAAAUUGACCAGGUAAUCGGCCAGUCAAGGCAGCCUACCAUGGCUGAUAAGGAGAAUAUGCCCUACAGUAAUGCAACCAUUCAUGAAGUUCAGAGAAUUGGUGAUCUUCUUCCUUUCAACGUUCCCAGGGUGGCCAAAGUUGAUACCACAGUGGCAGGAUAUCACGUGCCAAAGGGGACCAUACUGAUGACCAACUUGAAUGCCUUGCACAGGGACCCCAAGGAGUGGGCUACCCCAGAAACUUAACCAGAACAUUUUCUGGAGAAUGGUCAAUUUAAAAAGAGAGAAGACUUUCUGCCUUUCUCAAUAGGGAAGAGGAGCUGCCUGGGAGAGCAACUGGCUCGGGCUGAGCUGUUCAUUUUUUUCAUUUGCCUGCUCCAGAAAUUCACAUUUCAGGCUCCCCCAAACACCAAGCUGAGCCUGGACCCCGAAGUUCGAGUGACCACUGCUCCUGCUUCCUACCAAAUCUGUGCCAUUCCUCGAGUGAUAUAGGUCAAGCAUCCAGCCACGUGCCCAAGAUGGAGAAGGCGUCCAACGUACACUUUCCGAUUGUUUCCUCUCUAAAUCGCUCGCUUCCAUGUUAGUUCUUUCUUUUGACUUUCACAGUUUGGAUAUUGACCCAUCAGCUGAUAAGUUUUGUUCCUCAUUCCCAUUAAAAGCCUUAUUAUAGAAAAUAAAUAAAAAUUAGUCCACUGCUAAUUAUAGUCUCCUGGGGAUAGUGAUGUCUACACCUUGAGAACUGUUGAUCUGUUCCCUAUUCCUGUAAAGGUUCUUGUCAGAACUGCUUACACAAGGUACAUUUUCAUGAUGAUCAUGGAAACUCUUGGAAUACCUCAGCCAAUCAGAAAAUGUAAAUGCCCAUGUGAAAUAAAGUGAUCAACGUUCCUCA